AUGACUUCAACCUCUGCACCUUCAUCCAAAAAAAGAACUAUCUUAACUCGAGAUAAAUUAGCUAAAGAUUUUGAAAUUAGUCGAAGCACAGUUUCAGUAAUUUCAUCAGAAUCAAACAAAUGGCUUUCUGUUGAUGAAACUGUUUCAACUUCUCAAUUUAAAAAGAGUCGGCAAGCAAAUUGGCCACAAUUAGAAGAAAUUCUAGCAAUUUGGCUUGAUGAAGCUAUAAAACAUAACUAA